AUGUCGGUAAUACAUCCUGAUACUGCUAACUACCCCUUUCGGUUUGCUCCUUUCCUGCGCCAAGAGUAUUCAUUUUCCUUAGACCCUGACCGGCCAGUUUGCCAGUACUACAAUUCUAAAGAGGGGGCAUCUUCAUGUCCUAAUGGUACUCUAUGUCCAAAUAAGCAUGUUCUUCCUAUCUUCCAGAAUAAGAUAGUGUGUAAGCAUUGGUUGCGGGGGUUGUGCAAGAAGAAUGACCAAUGUGAAUAUUUGCAUGAAUAUAACCUACGAAAAAUGCCGGAAUGUGUAUUCUUCACAAAGAAUGGUUACUGCACUCAGAGUCCAGAGUGCCAGUAUUUGCAUAUUGAUCCCAACUCCAAGAUACAGGAGUGCGAGGAUUAUAAGAUGGGGUUCUGUCCGCUAGGUCCAAGCUGUACUCGGAAGCAUGUGAAGAAGAUUAUUUGUCAGAAAUACGUCACAGGGUUCUGUCCCGUAGGAAAGGAAUGUGAUUGGGAACACCCCAGGUUUAUGGUACCGAACGAGUUGAGUAAGCUAAGAAUCAAGAGAGAUGACGAAAUAAAUACCAAGAAAUUAGAUGAGGAGAAAGAAAGGAGGUUGAAUGCUAUUAUUAAUGGGGAACUAGUAAUAUGA